AUGCACUCCCGUGCCAGUUUAUUCUGCCUGAUCGACAACACCGCACAUCUCUUCAACCACCACCGAACCAGCACGGCCACGCCUAUCAUUAGUAUAAUUCCCACAACGGACGGCCAGGUUAUUAUAGCAACCCAAUUCUCUCUCCAAGCGAUACCUCAAGCACCACCACCAGCGCCGUGCAUGCAUGAGGCCCGUCCACACAGUUCACCAGCACCGAUGAUAAUUGCAAAGUUAGUCACAGACCGUCACUCAUUCACCACAGCCACUGUACUGGUUUCACUUAAUCCUUGGGCUCAGGGCUGCACCGCUCCCCUCAAUCGCCGUUUUAGUGCUAACGGAAUUUCAUCCUCUUCUUCCCAUUCACUCAGUUCUUCUUCUUCCCUAAGGUUAGGCUCAAUCCCUGCUUCCUCAGAAUGUCCCGCUGGGGUCCGACUUACCUCCCUCAGCCUUCGAAGGUUAACCAGUGACACUGAAGCUCCAGUAUCGACGAGGACCUUCACCUUUUUGUCUCCCAGCAACACAUUACAGGUGAAGUCUGGCCCUUCUUUCAGCAAACGGUAUACCUGUGCCUUUCUCCUUCCCGUGGGUUCUCUCCCUUCGUAUCGCUUUCUCGAUAACCGAGACGGUUGUUCCGUUCGGUGUGGUCCAUCUUUCUCCUGCGAGGACAGGUUCGUCUCAGCUCCUUACAACUUGACGAAAAGUACACCACAUGUACAGCAUCUCAGAGGUCUUACUUGCAAUGGCGGCCACCCUGCCUCUUACUUUUUCACGGGUGACCCAUCGGCGUUUCCUGGACCCUUUUCCUUCUCGGUAGGGGGGCACCAGCGUAUUAACUCGCUUUAUUCCCAGUUUACGGUCUCCCUCUGCCACACACCAGCGAGCCUUGUGCCUGAACUCGCCACAAGUCGUGCAGCUUUCCUAUUGGGAACUGCCUUAACCUUCCAAUCCUCUUCCACCUCCUCUCUCGGGUCCCGCAUCUGGAUCCGCUCCCGGUCCUUCUUUUCCAUCACUACAUGCCCCCCGGGGUUACUACCUACACCUCCCAGAGUCGUUCGCUGGUCCGAGCCGCCUCUAUGGCUGCAGCUAGGCUAA